AUGGUCUUCAAAGAAAACAGGAACAACAACGCCUUUUGCCGAGGGAAAUUGUUGGGUUUCAUGGCAGCUCGAUCGCCCAUCAUUAGAGGAUCAAGGCAACUAUACUUCGCUCUCUCAGGUAAAAGUUCGCCAGAGAAAUUCAUGGAGGAUGAGACAACAAGAAGUGGGGAGGAGGUGGAAGGCAACACUGGUAUUCCCUUUUCCAGGUCUAAACCCAGAAAGUGUCGAGGGUUGAUGAUUCAUCGAGAUUCAUCAAUUCCUCGUUGGUGGAGGAGGAAUAAGUUUGUGGGUGCCGACUUGUGGCGGUUGACACGGAAGAAGAAGAAGAAGAAGAAGAAGAAGAAGAAGAAGAAGAAGAAAUGA